AUGGCAGCACCACCUGAAAGAACGAUCCAAGAUCUCAACGGAGUAUGGACCAUGAACAAGUCCCUAUCCGAUGACUACGACCGCAUCCUCCAAAUGCAAGGCGUAUCCUGGUUCCUCCGCAAAGCCAUCUCCUACGCCACCAUCACCCUCACCAUAAACCAGUACGUCGACGACACCGCCGAGAAAUACACCCACAUCGACAUCGCCCAAGUGGCCACCGGCGGCGUCGGCGCCACGCAGGAAAAGCGCCUUCUCGACUUCACCUGGCGCGAGCAUCAGGACAGGAUAUUCGGAAAGGUCAAGGGUAAGAGCCGGUGGAUCAAGUUGGCGGAUAUCGACGAAGACGACUUCUUGAAGACCGGGUACGACGAUAUGGAAGGGGAGCAUGUGCAGGCUCUGGCGGAGAGCCUGGACAAUGGGUGGACGGCCGAUCAGGUGUGGGGGUUUGAACAGGUCGAUGGCAAGAGGCAUCAUGUACGGCAUGUCAUCGUGAGGAAGGGGGAUGAUUGGAAGCAGGCGAGGUUGGUGUACGACUACAGAGGGCCGUUGGAAAAGAAGUCUGACGACGAUGACGAUCUAGCAUACGGGGAAUAG